AUGGCCAUCACAAAGACGAAGAGAAACAUAUCCUCCUUCUCAAAGUCCAAGAAGAAUAGCAAGGUCCCCGAAAAGGCAUUGCCUGUAACCCUGCUCUCGGGCUUCCUGGGCAGUGGGAAAACUACACUUCUCCAACAUAUUCUGAAAAGCGACCACGGCCUGAAAAUCGCCGUCAUCGUCAACGAUAUUGGAGCCAUUAACGUCGACGCGUCCCUGAUAAAGCAGACUCACAAAGUCACAAGAACAGAAGAGAAAGUUGUCGCACUACAGAAUGGCUGCAUCUGUUGCACCCUCCGAGGCGACCUCCUUGAGGAGCUAGUCAACCUCGCUGAACAGCACGCCUUUGACUACGUCAUCAUCGAAAGCAGCGGUAUUAGCGAGCCUGAGCAGGUCGCUGAGACAUUUGACAACAAGCUCGCAGACCAAAUGAGGAGUAUGGUCGAACAGGCCGAUGGACUCGAUGAAAGCACUCUCAAGGUGCUGAAGAAGCUGGCUAAAGUCGGCGGAUUGGAGAAGUUUGCCCGUCUUGAUACUGCCGUCACCGUCAUCGAUGCGUUCACCGUGUACAACGACUUCCACACCGACCAGCUUCUGUCAUCGAGGCGAGACGAUGUGGUACCUGAGGAUGAGCGCACUGUCUCCGACUUGAUGGUUGACCAGAUCGAGUUUGCCGAUGUGAUCUUGUUGAACAAGACCGACAUGGUUGAUGCCCAAACACGGGCCAGUUUGAUUGAGCUCAUCAAAAAGCUGAACCAUAGGGCAAAGAUCCUGGAGACGAGCUACGGCAAGAUCGAUGUCAAGGAGAUUGUCAACACUGGGCUGUUCAGCCUGGAGCAAGCGCAGACCGGAUACGGAUGGCUGCAGGACCUCCACGAUAUGACCGUCCGAGAGGUCAACGGAAAGAAGACUAUCACGCCCAAGCCUGAGACUGAGGAGUAUAACGUUCGGAAUUUUGUCUACUCAUCCCCGCGCCCGUUCCACCCACGGCGGUUGUGGCAACUUUUGUAUGACAAGUUCAUCCUGCAGAUGCAGCAUGAUGAAGAGGAGGAGGAACCGGAAAAGAUGGAAGUCGACCCUGAAGACGUCGUCAGCGAAGAGGAAGACGAAAUUAUGAGCAACGAAGAAGAAGGAGAAGAAGAGGACGGGCUCGACAUGCCACCUAACGAUGUCAUUCUCGCCAACAAACGAGCGCACCCCUUGUUCAGCCGCCUCUUUCGCUCCAAGGGAGAAUUCUUCCUGGCGACUCGUCCAGGCAGGGCUGGCGAGUGGUCACAAGCCGGCGCUAUGCUGACUCUCAUCGGUGGCAGGCCGUGGUUCUGCACUCUUCCCGAGGAGGAAUACCUGACUGGGGACAAGCAAAUUGAUUCUCUCGUGAAGCACGACAUUGCGAAAGGCGGUGAAUGGGGGGACAGGCGUCAGGAGCUGGUUUUCAUUGGAGAGAACCUGGACGUUGAGGCUCUCCGAGACGUCCUCGACCAGUGCACGCUGACCGGCGACGAGAUGGAAGACUGGUCUCGGGUGAUGAGGAACGGAGUGCUCAGUGAGGAGAAAAGGGCAGAGGCGCUAGAGGAUCUCUUCGAGGAUGGCUUCCCCGACUGGCCUGAUGAGAACGACGAUGAGGACCACGAAGGCCACGAUCACGGCCCGCACUUCCCCGCAUUUCCUCCAACUCUGAAUUACCAUGUGAUAUCGAAGAAUGCGGACAAUGAGCACACCCUCAGGCUCCCGAAAGGCGCCAUCAAAGCCGCCACUUGCCAGUACACGGAGAUUUUCACGAUGUUGUUCAAGCUCCCCAUCCUCCUCGGCCUCCUGGGCACAGUCGCCGCGCAGUCCGAUGCGACCCCCGCCCUCGACGAGCGAGCCGCUGGCACCGCGACUGUCGUACUGCCGCUGGCCACUGUCCUCGGCAACGUCAUGAACAAGGUCGAGUCGUUCGGCGGAAUCCCCUUUGCCGAGCCGCCCGUGGGCAGGCUCAGGCUGAAGCCUCCCCAACGCAUCGCGAGGAACCUCGGUACCUUUGACGCCACCGGACCGGCGGCGGCGUGCCCCCAGAUGGUGUCGUCGAGUGAGAGUGACAACUUUCUCUUCGACCUUCUGGGCGAGAUCGCCAACUUGCCAUUCGUGCAAAAGGUCACGGGCCAGACAGAAGACUGUUUGUCUAUUACUGUGGCCAGACCUGAGGGCACCAAAGCAGAUGCAAAGCUUCCUGUGCUCUACUGGAUCUUUGGCGGCGGGUUCCAGGUAAGAGCUCUUGAGGUGGCUCAUCACUUGUCGAUAUAA